AUGACGUGAUGGGACCUUUGAGGGACGCCCUGUGUAAGCGCUUUUGCUUUGGCAAGUGGAAGGAGAGCGAGUCUGAGUAUGCGGGCCGGAGGGUCGUGCAGCACGCCGACCGCAUUACGGUUGAUCAGGAGAAGUACAUACGUGAGCAACUGAGCCAGAUGCAUCUAGAUCGAGAGAGGCGAGCCAGCCCUGAGCUGCCCCUCUCAAAAGAUGAGAUUUCAUCCUAUCGUACUGUUGCUGCUCAGGUGCAGUGGUUGGCGCGCGAGAGCCGCCCGGACGUGGCCGGUAGUGCUUCCCUCUUAGCCGCUGCCCUCCCCUCUCCCCUGAUCUCCGAUGCUCUCGUUCUGAUCAAAGUGGUUAAGUUUCUCAAGGGGUCGUGUGAGCAAAAGCUUACCCUCUGGUCCCUGGAUCCGGUUUCCCUCACCUUCGUCACGGCGAGCGAUUCGGGAGGCCCGGGAACUGCUCGGCGAGGUGGAGCCCAGGGAGCGUGGAUCGUCAUGGCUGCCGAUGGCAGCAUCCGUCAGAACAAACGGUCAAGGGUUAGUGUGCUGUCUUGGCGCUCCCAGAGGAUAAAGAGAGCCGUCGCUAGCACGGUGGCCGCGGAGACGUUGGCCCUGUCCGCUGCCACCGCCGAGGCUCAAUGGUUGCAAGUUUUGUUCAGGGACGCUGUUUUUAAUGACGUUUCGAGGCCCGACUGGUUUAAUGGACAGGCCCCUUUCACGGUCGUGAUGUCCAAGGACUGUCAGCUCAGCGAGGCCGCCUCCUGUCUUUCUGUCGUGGAUGCGAAGUCGGUGUUCGACACCCUCUCUCGCAACUCAGCGGGCUCGAGGGCUGACAGGAGAAACGCCAUCGAACUUGCUGUGAUUCGAGAUGCUUUGUGCUCGAUAGGGUCUCAAGUGCGGUGGAUGCCCCACGCUAGGAUGCCCGCCGAUCCUCUCACGAAGAUGGACCCUUCCCGUGGUAACCUUGCGUUGCAUGAUUUGCUUUGCAGAGGAACCCUGUCCCUAGUGGACGAACACGGUCAUUUGACGGAGAGGGCCCUCAACGAGGCCCUAAAGAGCAGGUCCCGCGGGGCCAGUAGGCGCGCCCUCGAGCUAGCAGCUAAGGUCGAGUCCCCGAAGAUCGAGUCAGCUGAGACUAUCACGGUCUCGUGUUCAGCAAUGCCGCUGACGCUGGUCAGCAUCUGCUAUCAUCCUGUGCUGUGCCGCUCGAUUGCCUUGCUCGUGGACCGCCGUGAAGCACCAUGGCUCAUGGCUAUAGUGCAGAGCUCUCAGAACUACUACAUGGUCAUGGGCCGGAGGUUGUGGGACUUUGAGCUGGCCUGGCGGCUACUCCAUCAUCAGGUAGCCGUCCGGGAGCAGGAGACGGAUGCCUGGGCUAUGGCGGACAGCGAGUCGGACAGCGAGUCGACAUCGGACUCCGACGAUUCGUCCACGGCUAUGGGCGCGAACAUGCGGGACCACAUGCUCGGGCGAAUUGGUUGGUGA